UGUCCCCUCAGUGCUCAAGGUUUCAGUACGUCGGGUUCACGAUACCCAGAUAGCUGUCAACCGAUUUAAAAAUAGUUUUCUCAUACGAUUCAAAUUUACAGAAGCAUGACGUAUCCAGACAAUGCAUUAUGACUUAAGAUAUGCUAAUCAAUAUCGAAUAUUUUGCUUCCCUAUUGGGAUCGUUAACAAUGAUAAUAUUUUUCUUCAUAGAAUGCCUAUUUCUAGCAGUGCUGUUCAACUAACUCAUUUUUAUAAUCGUAAAGACUAUUCGUCGCACCCGCAACUUGGGAAGUACAGCUCCCAGGUGUCGAGAUCUAAACACUUGAAGCUCCCUGUUAUAUCGAUGAUGCAAGAAGAGGAUGCAAGAGCAAAAUUGCAUCACGCAGAAGUCUCUGUUAGUGACAGCGAUUCCCGUGAAAACUCCCCUAAACGUCACGUAAAACUAUCGAAACGUCACCAAAGCAAGCACAAUAAAAAGUCCCAGCAACUACAACAAGACUUCUCCAUGCGAAAGAUAAGGUUUUUCAGCAAACAACCAGAAUCACGCCCCCUGACGGUGUGUUUUCCAUACCCAGGAGUGGACCUAUCGCAUCGUGAAGUACUGGACGCAAUUAAGGGUACUCGACUAGUAGACGUUAAUCAAAUUGAAUCAAUUCAGUUUAUUGAUAUGAAUACGGUUCUGGGCACAGCCGGCGCUGACAACAGAUGGCUUAUAAACGUUAAAGACUACGACACACGUUAUCUACUACUGCGAGACGGCAUGCGAAUAAAAAACACCUACGUAAAUAUCAGACGUUACGACGACGUCACGAAUGACGAGUAUCGAGACUUUUUACGUCGGAAAUCAAUACUGGAAAGUGACGCGACGAAUGCCAUACAACGCCUCCUCGAUAUGUCUGCUAAAGAUAUGUAAAGUACUGUCGUAAAUUAUAUUUGUAAUAUAAACACAGUUGUGUUUGUGCUUCCAUCUAACUUACAGCAAGCAAUUUUAAAUUCUUUCACCAAUAACUGAUCAUGUUAAUUGUAAUGUUUAACAAGUUUAAGUAAUUAAUAAUGUACAUGCACUCAUAAUACUCUUGCCUCCCAUUUUUACCGUGUGUUAAUAUUUUAUUAAAAAUGUUCUCUAUUGAA